AAAAUAAUAAAAUGCUGAGCUCACGCAGUUUGCUGCCCGGAUCCCUGGCCUCCGCACGGUGCUUCGCUUGCUGGAAGGCAGCGGCCCAGACGGCCUGGGAGAGGGCGAGGGGCCGCCGCCAUGUCCUCAACCUCGUACCGCCAGGAGCUGGAGAAGUACCGGGACAUCGAUGAGGACAAGAUCCUGCGGGAGUUGUCACAGGAGGAGCUGGAUCAGCUUGACCUGGAGUUGCUGGAGAUGGACCCUGAGAAUGUCAUGCUCCCGGCCGGCAUGCGCCAGCGCGACCAGACCAAGAAGAGCCCGACGGGGCCGCUAGACCGGGACGCCCUCCUGCAGCACCUGGAGAAGCAGGCGCUCGAGGCCGAGGAGCGCGAGGACCUGGUGCCUUUCACCGGGGAGAAGAAAGGGAAGCCCUUUGUGCCCAAGAACCCCAAGCGGGAGAUCCCCAAGGAGGAGCAGAUCACAUUGGAGCCGGAGCUGGAGGAGGCCCUGGCCAAUGCCACCGAUGCCGAGAUGUGCGACAUUGCUGCCAUCCUGGGCAUGUACACGCUGAUGAGCAACAAGCAGUACUACGAUGCCUUGUGCAGUGGGGACAUCACCAACACCGAGGGCAUCAACAGUGUGGUGCAGCCAGACAAGUACAAGCCGGUGCCAGAUGAGCCCCCAAACCCCACCAAUGUGGAAGAGACAUUGCAGAAGAUCCGGAGCAAUGACCAUGACCUGGAGGAGGUCAACCUGAACAAUAUCAAGGACAUUCCCGUGGCGACGCUAAAGGAGGUGUGUGAGGCCAUGAAAGCCAACACGCAGGUGAAGAGGCUCAGCCUGGUGGCCACGCGGAGCAAUGACCCGGUGGCUCAGGCUGUGGCUGAGAUGCUGAAGGUGAACAAGACCCUGGAGAGUCUCAACAUCGAGUCCAACUUCAUCACGAGUGCGGGGAUGAUGGCAGUUAUCAAGGCCAUGCGGGAGAACAGCACGCUGGCUGAGCUCAAGGUGGACAACCAGUGCCAGCGCCUGGGCGACUCGGUGGAGAUGGAGAUGGCCGCCAUGCUGGAGAAGUGCCCAUCUAUUGUCCGCUUCGGCUACCACUUCACGCAGCAGGGACCACGUGCCCGGGCCUCCAUUGCCAUCACCAAGAACAACGAGCUGCGCCGCAAGCAGAAGAAGACCUAAUGCCUGAGUCUGUGGGUGUCUCUGCUGCCCUGAUGCCCAGUGCUGCCCACCCCCCACUCGCUGCUGGGAGAGACGGCGCUUAGCUGCCCCCAGCCCCAGCCCCCUCCGACCCAGACUCCCCUUGGAUCUUCAGGACUUCUGUCCUCAGAGCUGUAAAUAAAGAGAUGGCUGGA